CUGGGGGUGUGAGUUGGGUAGUGUUAGUUGUGCUUCGCCUGGCGGAACACGUGCUUUCCCUGGCAGUUUGUAGGGCGGUGCUUACACUGGCAGUGUGUAGGACGGUGCUUCUACUGGCGGUGUGCACUGCGGUACUCCCACUGGCGGUGUGUAGGGCAGUACUCCCACUGGCGGUAUGUAGGACGGUGCUUCUACUGGAGGAUCGACAAGGACUGCAGUCGGCGAAAUCAAAUGGAUUUUGAUGAUGUUCUUGGGGAAGUUGGUUCUUUUGGUCGCUACCAGAAGACAAUGAUAUUCUUCUUCCUUCUUCCUAUGAGUUUCUUCAAUGCAUUCAUGAUGAACCAGCUGUUGUUCCAGGUGGUGGUCCCCGACCACUGGUGUCACGUGCAAGGCCGGGAGACCUCAGGACUGGACUGGGACCAGUGGCGAAACCUCACGAUUCCCAGGUGGAACAGUUCCACAGGCUACUCCAGCUGUCUCAUGUACCAGCUGGCACAGAGUGAAGGCACCUCUCGUAAUAUUUCUCAUAGCACUCAAACACAAGUUUGCAGCAGUGGGUGGGACUUCGACUCGUCUCAGUUCGAGGCUACGUUAGCCACUACCAACGGCUGGUUCUGUGAGAAGGCGAUCUUCUUACAGCAUGUGCUGGCUCUCAACAUGGUUGGCAAUGCUCUUGGGACACUCGUUCUGCCUCACAUCGGUGAUAAAUACCUGGGACGGAGAAUGAUCCUAAGAAUAUCUCUGGUGAUCUACAUCGUCUUCACUGUACCUCAAGUGUGGAUCUCUAACGCCAGCCUCCAUAUGCUACUCAGGUUCCUUGCUGGUUUCGGCAACCAUACCUACAACCUCGUACCUUACGUCAUUGUGUUGGAGGUGAUUGCGAGUGGGCGUCGCUCCCUCACCACAGCAUUGUUCUACGGAGCCUGGACCACGGGAAUGUGUUUCACAGCGCUGGUGGCGUUCCUUGUUCCUCACUGGCAGUACCUAGCUCUCCUCUCCUGCCUUCCACCCCUCAUCGCUUUACUCCUGCUGAGAUUAAUUCCGGAGUCACCUCGCUGGUUGAUCUCUAAGGGACGUGUGGAGGAGUGUAUCGAUAUCCUGCUGCAGAUAGCGAUGACCAACGGGCGAGAUGGAGUUUCAAAGGAAGGUCUUAGAGAGAGUCUAGAAGCCAUGUCGCUGAAGCAAGAGGAAGAACUGGGCAUACAUCACGUCUUGCGCUACCCAAGACUCCGACUGAGGACCAUCCUGGUGCUGCUCAUGGCAUUUUGUAUAUACACUACGUACGGUGUUGUGCUGAUGGGGAUUAAUGUGAUGCCUAGCAACUACUUCGUCAGUCACUUCCUCUCAUCAGUGUUUCAGUUUCCCAGCAACUUGACCGGCUGGGUCAGUAUUCAGUACCUGGGUCGUCGCAAUACCUGCAUUAUCGCUCUCACUCUCGCUACACUCUUCUGCAUCACUGCCAGUUUUUGCUUACACGACGAGUGGGCGCUGGUGCUGGUAACAGGAGUCCUCAAGUUGUGUUUCAGCAUGACGCUGCAAUCGAUGUUCAUCCUGGUGUCUGAAAUCUUCCCUACCCCGGUCAGGAGCUCUGGACUCGGCCUUUACUUAGUCUUUGGCUUGUGGCCCAUGGCGAUCUCUCCGUAUAUCUUGCACUCAGGCACAGGGACCAACUUCCACUACCUGGUGUUGACGGGACUGUUGUUGACCGCUCUCGUCUCCUGCAUACUAUUGCCGGAGACUCUGGGACUCUCUCUCCCUCAGAGCUUCGAGGAGGCUGAGGAACUUGGCACUGGGAGGCCACUCAUUGCCUGUAUAAACCACUGGAACCUACACAGGUACACAGUCACCCCAUCCGAUGACACUGAGCUCUACACAAUGCAGAUCAGUGACACUGAAACUAUGAAUAUUAGCUAGUACUGAAGGAAAUUAUCCUAGUACUGCUGAAAGUAAUAAACCAAAGAAAAGCUUUCAUUGUAAGAUUUUUACUGGAAAUACUGUGAUGGGCUGUACAACGGUAUUCUGACAUAAUUAUACAAGACAUGCAUACAUCUCCUUUGUUGAUUAAAUCAAUUUUAUGUUAUCUAGUGAUUAUCUAGCCAUUGUGCUAAUAUAGACAUAUUUAAAGAUGGAAAAUCAUCAAAAGAACAGUGAAAAAAAAGUUUAAUUAAAAAUUUAUUCUAAAACGAACUCAAACUUUGAGUAUGGCAGUAUAUAAUUAUUGCCUCUCUAAAAUAAUGACUAAGAAUAUGUUCCGAUCUUUCAGCUAAUAUAAAUGGUGACUAAUUUUGUUUGCAGGUUGGUAGAACAGUUCCAGGAAGGUAAAUAAAUGUGCCCUGGAGUACUUUUGUACACGAUUACUCAAGAAGGUCCAGGUAAACACUGACUGUUAAGGGGUAUGGGAGAUC